AUGGUUGAAGCUCGCCCUACUGACCUAAUAUACGGUCAUUUGGGCGACCCCACUUAUGACACUCACAGUCAAGAAUGGCAUUUCCCGCGCCAUAUCUCGACCAGCCGGCAUAUAGAGCCCGUUGGUCCGUUACUUGAUGUAUUUGGACCAUACACAUUUCAGGAUAAACGGUCGUAUCAGUACGAAACCGAGCAUCAGCGGCAGAAAAAGACUCUAAGCGAUCGCUACUUAGACAUCAAUCCUGCGCCAAAUGUGUUUAGCGACGCUGAAACGUCAAAGUCCUCUGAGGAGGAGAAUUUGUCGUAUGAUUCAACGCAAGCAAGACUUCUUGCCCGAGCGUAUGCGACCCGUCGUUCAAGCCAACGUCAUCCUGACAAGCUCCCGAUCAUAGCGACUGCCGCAGGUGUGAGUGGUGAGCUUGUGAAGCUAACGUUGCUCCGUAAGGACCAAUUAGGGUGGCAAGGCAACAGGACGUUUGGUAUCAACCAUUCCACAGCUAGAGGGGGAGAACAUGGAUGGUGGCGUCCAAGUCAAGGUACGAUCCAACAGAUAUGUUCUUCAACGGGUGUCGCUGGAGAAGAUGGCUUGUUCCUUGCUGUAAGGUAUGGUGGCCUUGCAUCAAUUUUGCAGCCCUUGCUACAAUCUCAGUCAAUCGUUCCAAGUAGGUCUAGUGCACCACAAUUUCGCUUGCCUUCAUCUCGCCUUGACGCGCACGAAAUCAUACAGAUUCCUCAAAAUGGAGAAAGGAGAAUACAUUUUGCUGAUAUUUGCUUCAACCCCUGGGAUGCUCAGCAAGUCGCUACAAUUGACCAAGAAGGAAACUGGUCGAUCUGGGACCUCGAAAUGGUAUCUAAGCGUAGGAAUAUCUGGUCUAUCAAUCGAGGUGCGAACAGUAGUCUUCGAAUGGUGAUAGGCGACUUCAUCAGCCCAGAUCAAUGGGCGAAAGUCCUUUGGGUACAUGACUUUCGGACGAUUCUACUCGCUGGUAGGAGGGCAUUGAGCUUCGUAGUGCUUCAUAGAGAGAUCAAAGCAUUGCGGCUGCCAGACUUGGCCCUGGCAGAGUCGGAUGAUUGGAUCCUAGAUAUUCAACGUGGUCCUCGAAAUGCAAGUCAAUUUUUCCUCGUGACUUCGACCCGACUUUUUUGGCUCAAUGUGACUACGAUCGAUGAGGAUGCAGCACGGCCCGAAGUCUGCUUUGCUCCUGACUCUAGACGAGCAACAUCUACUACGGAUCCUUACAUACUUUCAUUGAAGUUUAGUGAUCCCUUUCGGCAUGAGUCGCCAAUUACACAGAUAAUGUUACGACACUCGCUCUUCGGUAUUGUCCUCAGACCGUCAAGUUUUCAUGGUGUUGCUAGUAGCAGCUCUGUUCCUGGUUUUGGUUUGCAGUAUUUCGAAGAAGGCUGGAAAUUCUACCAACUAUAUGCGCUCUUCGCGAAUCUUACUCUUUACGAGGGUAUCUAUGCACGGCCACCCUAUCCUAGUCAGCUCGAAUUGCAUGAACCAAACGUAAGGACACGGGCGCAAGUCCUGAAGACCCCUGCCAAAUUGCUUGACGAUUUUAUCGUCUCAGACGAAAAUGCAUAUGAAGAGGACUUUGGGGUCACGACUGAGUUCCAAACGCGGCCCAGCCUUGCUACAAUAUCCCAUGAACAUCAGAGUGAAAGUUCAAGGACCCUAAAUUUUGAAUGGCUUAUGAGCCUCAUACUGGUCAUCUCUCAAGGGCACGAGCCAGGUAAACUUGUGCCGACAAUAGCAGAUGGCGACGCAUUCUCGACAAUCAGAGCUGCCAUCGAGAGCAGAGAAAGCUCAGACUUUGGCCGAUUUGACACCUUAUAUGAACUCACAGAUACAGAUAUGUCCGUUCGAGAUAUAGAUGACGUGGAAGAAAAACUUUAUGAGCUGCUAAAGGACACUAAUUGCAUGCUUGAUGACUCUGUAGACAGUAUGGAAAGCGCUCAGGAUAACGUCGGUAUCAAUAUCCCACAAAUCCCAUUAUCAGUAGGUCUCGUGCAGCCACCACCACGCGAAAGUGGACUUCGAAGUAUUUACAACGAUUUGCUCCAUAGCUUUCUUUCGCCUUUGCCGUCAACAGUUCCGGUGCAAGUUCGCGUCUCGCUAGAAAGACUCAUCCGCAGUAUCGCGUUACAAUUAUGUCUGGCGUCCUACCCAGCUAGGCCACGGCUUGCAACCUAUCCGUCCGACGGACAUAGGCAAGGAUUGCAUGACCAACCCCAGCAACGGCUGACUUUCGAGCUACCAGUACGCGGGAAAACAUUCGCUUCUACCACCGUUGCCUCUCAAGACAGAAUCAGAGCAGCCAAGCCUGCCAGUCCCUCGAAAAGUGCACCAGACAGCUCAGCAGAACCCUCGUCUCCUAUGUACGAUUCCGCUUCAGCCAAGACCUCAAUGUCAGCCUCGACUGAACCAUCUUACUCGUCGGUUGCCAAGACCGAGGACCCAACGAGCAAGUACCUUCGCUCGCUCACCAGCCUUGCCCCGCAGCCCGUUCUACCACUAGAACUCUCCUCCAUUCUCGAGCACUGGACUUUGGGUGCAGACCCAGAUAACUAUGACUGGGUUGCGACCACACAAGCUCAGGCAAGAGAUACGGAAGCUGAAGAAGUGGAAGCCAGUUCUUCGCAGAGGAGAAAGGCGAAGCGGAGGAAGCGAGCUAGGGAGAGUCAAUUAGAUUGGUCUUCCAGUCAACCGGUACCCGAGGUCUCUGUCUCGACUAGUAGGCCGGUAUCCGCUAGUCAGCCGACGCAGAUGAUGGGUAGUAGUCAGCCUACUGGAAUGCAAGAGAGUGGUAUUCCUGCAUUCACAAUGAGCCAGCCAACAAGAGGUCCUGAUGGUUCUAGGAUUCAGAAAGUCAAACACUCGAAGCCGAAGAAGCCGGGGUUCAACUAA